AUGGAACAACGCGGUCAUCUUCCUCAGCAGCAGCGUGGGCAGCAUCGGCAGACCUACCGCGGCACAUGUGCAGCAGGCAUGCAUCUUCUCGCAUCGGCCGUCUUCGCUGCAAUGGCUCUCUCCCACGUCGCGGGCUCAGAGGUCGGCGCGACUGGUGCCAGGGGUGACCGAAUGCUAGCCUUUCACGCCUUUUCGUCUCUCCGUGGGGGGGGGUUCAGCUGGGGUUCGCCUGAGCAGCAGCAGCAGCCGCAGCGCCAGCAGCAACGGCAGCCCUCCGCUAGGCGGGGAGCCUCCGGCAUGUUCGGCGCAUCUUGGGGCGGCGGAUCGCCGGACAACAACAACGGUGACAAGAACGGCGACAAGAACGGCGAUAAGAACGGCGACAAGCGGCCAAGAAUCGAAACCCGCGGGCCGCCCGACCUAAACACGCGGCUGCCCCCCACUGCCCCGGGCAGCGACGACGGUAACGGCGGUGGCGGCGGCGGCUUCUUCAGCGCCAUUGGCGGCGGCGGCGGCGAGGGCGGAUCGUCGAGAGAGAGGGUUAAGACCGUGGGGCCCCCAGAUGCAGGUGGGGGGGGUGGGAGGAGGGGGGGAAGGAGGGGAUUAUUCUCUGCCGGAUCGGCAGCACCCACGGCGCCCCCCAUGGAGCAGCAACAGGAGCAAGCGGGGGGCCGGUUCGGGGGAGGACGGCCCCAGCUUGGUUGGGGUGGGAGGGCCGGGGUGGGCAGAGACGACGGAGAGGGGGAGGGGCCAGUUCGAGGGUGGGGAGAAGGUGGCGGAUCCGCCUUGUCGGACAGGAAGAGGGGUCUGAUGGCCGUCCACUUCCUGGUCCUCUCGUGCUUCGGCCUCUUCUCCCUCAACACCCUGUUCGGCGUCGACCGCCUCUUCGGGCUAAGCCUUAACCACCAGCGGCCCCGGUGGUGGCAGUCCAUCACCUCCCUUCUCCUUCACGGCGACCAGCACCACCUGAUGGGGAACAUGUUCAACCUCAUCAUCUUCGGGAAGAUGGCGGAGGAGGACAUGGGCUCCGUCGGCAUGCUCAUGUCGUUCGUGGCGUGCGGCGUCGCUUCCAGCUUCGUGAGCCUGAUGAUCAUGCCUCAGACCGCCAGAAGCUGCGGGGCAAGCGGGGCGAUCUUCGGCCUCUACAGCGUCUGCGUGUUGGGCAAGAUGUUCAACCUCGGGCGGCGUAGCUCCUCUGACGGCCGCCUUCGGAAGCUUAUCGAGGCGGCGGUGUUUGGCUGGUUCGUCGUCGACAGCGUGAUUUCGGAGAUGCGCAUGGUGGUAGCCGGAGGAGUGAAGGGGAUCGACCACGCGGCACACUUCGGGGGCGUUUUUGCAGGCGCGGUUCUGAUCCUCAUGUUCCGGAGAUCGUUCCGAGAACAGAGCAUCCGAGAGCAGAGGUUGCGAGGGAGGAACGCUUGACGCCCUUCGUUCAUGGGCUAGCCGCCAGUUCGUUCCGUCCGAUGUUCACCGACUCGUGCAGGGUGUAAACAGAGCAGCUCCGAUGUUUGCCCCUAACGGGCUGUAGUUUGUGACAUGCUACAGACGCCAGCGAAAGAGCGAUGGGCUGCUCGUCUUGGGUUCGGCUUUUGCGGGCGGCGACUCGAGCGAUUGUUUUCGAUCGAUCCGUUGCGGCGACAUUUAGCGCUUGUCUGGGGGACUGCGCCAAGCGGAGAAGUUUCCAAGAUUCUUGCGAGGGACAACUUCGGCCACAAUGUGGCUUGUCGGCAUGUUGUAUUUGCAGUGCUGAUCGCAAGUGUCCGUUCAGGAACAAGUUGUGCUCGUAGGGAUACUCCAAUCGCGUGUACCGGACGUUCGUUCUGACCGCAUGGUUUCAUGUGAUUGGUCAGGGUGCCGUGCGCUGACGCGCGGGUUCUGUGUAAGGGUGUGAUCCGUCGAUCGAUAAAUGCUGCUUCUUGGUCUUGCUGGACUUCUAACUGGUCAUUUUGUCGCGCGACAGUCAGGGGGGGAGUCAUGAUUUGCCGGAGACAGCCACGUCGUCGCCAUCGUUUCGUUUUGGUAUUUUUUGGUCGGUUUACAUGUGCUUCCAUUGGUAGGGAAUUCAAUUUGCGCCGGUGUCGAUCCAUUCGUCUGCGGUAUAUGUUUGUCAGGAGUGAUGUUGGUGUUCCCACCAUUCGCCUCGUGAAUGGAAUCCGUGUGUUUCGGUCAAACGACAAUGGCCAGCAGCAAGUGAGGACCUCGCGUUGAUUUGUACGAGUGCCAUAGUUUUCUCUUCCUAAGUUUUCUAGCGGGAGAUAAAAACGUGCCUGCCGCGAGAGAUGCUCUUGAUCUCUUUGUCGUGCAGCAGCAGUGGAAACACUGGGUAGCCAACGUAAUGCGCGCUUGAGACCGAGCCCCUUAAGCCCGAAACUCUAGCAGUGGAAGUGGUCGGGUAGUAGAAGGAGAUGUGCGCUUGAGACCGAGCUUCUACAAGCCUGAUAUCUUUUGUCUUUCCAGGCGUCUACAAGUUUCUUUAGGCGCGAGGUUGGAAUGCUGUCUAACGCUUCGCGCACAAUUCGGCGCAUACUCUAGCGACGGCAUCAGCAGGUACUCACCCGCGCGCUUGUAGCACCAGCCGGUGUCUGGUGCGUUAUGUUUGUAGAUGUCCUUGUACCAAAAGAUACAGCAGUAGGUUUUGCUUUGGUUUUGUGUUGGUGUUGCAGAAUAAAAUACUGCUACGUAGGCGUGCUGUAGCAUCGGUAGGCGGGGUGUAAUUUUCUGCUAACGAUCUCGUCCUGUCAUUUUCCUCCUUCGCGCCAUGUAUAUGUAGGGGUUAGGAACGCUAGGCUAGCUGGGGUAUCCAAGCGCUCCUGUGGUGGUUAGCAAGUUGUAAAAG